AUGACGUUCUCUGUUAAAGCAACCAUCGUGGACGUGAUCAUCGGGGAGAUGUUCUUCCGCAACGACGCCAUCAUCAAUCAGCACGACAGCGACAGCAUGGAUGAGAACGCCGCAACCAAUAAGGCAGCCAAGAUCGCCAAGCAGAAACUCAACACGAUGAAGCUGUUCGUGCGGAGCGACGACGAUCCAGAUCGAUACACGAUCACCAUCAAGAACGUGAUGCGCUUCGAGUUGGCCAUGGACUUUGUCGGGAUCGGCAUGUCGUUCCGCCAAGUCGCGAGCGCCAUCCAGUACGCCAAGAUUCGCACUCACACUGCCAAGCUGACAGGCGCCAAUGACCUCAUUGUCGGACAGUACGUCCGCGUCCUCGUCGGCACCAGCCUGCAGCACAUCGCUGACGUACUCGACCACGAGUCGGUUUGGGCGAUGUCGCUGGCCGGUGACUCCAGCACGCAUCGCGGCCAGUCCUUCUUCGACCUGCGCGUGCGAGUCUGCUUCGGCCACAAGCUCUACAACCUCCACUCGUCGCCAUUCCGAUGUACGACCGCCACACAGCCGAGAUAA